AUGCGCAAAUCAAGAGAAUGCUCAAGGUCCAAUCCGCACGCGAACCCAAUAAACCGGAAGCGAGGUCGCGAUGACACAGACACUGAAGACGACCAACCCGACUUCAAGAGACACCGAGCAAGCCUAGAAACAUACCCACUAGACUUCCAAGAGGAAGUCAAGCAGCUCGCGACCGAUAUCGUCGCGUCGAUAUACUACGACAUAAACCACCUCUGCGCCGUUCGCAAGCGCGCCAAACUCGAAAAGAAGGACGAAGAUGUCAAGUUUUACCGCCGCCAGUAUUCCGAGAGCAGUAGGCUGCUCGAUAUGCUAGUCUGGUCGACCUGGGAGGUCUCGAAAAUGGACAAGAUUGACGAUCCCGAAGGCACACUCCGGCGCAUGAGCGAGUUCGCAUCCUUGUGCGGGUGGAGGAUGCUCUCGAUCUGCUUGACCGCAGAGGGAUUCCGCCGGGCUCUGAGGCAGACCACAGAGGACGUGAAAUGGGGCGAAGUCGUGAAGAAGAUUAUGGACAAUCAAUGGAGUAUCGAGGUAUACGCGCGGUCCCGCAGGCUCGACUGGCGGGGACUGUGGUUCAGAUACGCAUAUAUGAACCACGAACAGGUGGAUGAGCAGCUACGAUUCCGCCGCAAAAUGUGGGAGGAGCACCCACAUCACAUUGUACAAACAAUUGACAAGAAGGUCCGAAGACCACGGUUCGAAGGUGAGGCGCAAAUCCACAUCGACGAGCACAUCUUCGACCCCAACUCGGACCUCUGGAAGGCCAAACGCCGGAAAAGGGAUCCUACGCUGCGACGCCCCGAAGACGGCAAAUGCGCCCUCUGCGGCAGGAAAAAACUCUGCGAGUGCAAGCUGGACUUCUCCGCAGGGAACCUAGUUGAGCUCGUUGAGCGGCCGCUGAUUGGGACUGGUGUGCGUGCGCUAUGCGCUUUCAAAGCGCGCGAUAUCCUCGGCCAGUUCAUCGGCGUACUCCAGCCGCCGGGCUUUGAGGGGGACGAGGUGUAUGCGCUGUCGCAUGUGUCCAUGAUAGACGACAAGGAGCAGCUUGCGGUCAUCUCGCCGAAGAAGUAUGGCAAUUGGACGAGGUACAUGGCGCACUCGUGUAAGCCGAGCACUAAGUUUAUCCUUAGGACGAUCGGACGGUAUACGGUUGUGACUAUUGAAGCGGUUGCAGAUAUCGCUGCUGGCAAGGAUAUCACGGUUGACUAUGGGGACGAGUACUGGGUGGAUAGGGAGGAUGAAUGUGCAUGCGGGGAGAAUGAGUGUAUUAGUAAGAAGAAGGAGGAGGAGGAGAAGGAAGAGGAGGAAGAGGAGGAAGAGGAGGAAGAGGAGCAAGAGGAGCAAGAGGAACAAGAGGAGCAAGAGGAGCAAGAGGAGGAAGAGGAGGAAGAGGAGCAAGAGGAGGAAGAGGAGCAAGAGGAGCAAGAGGAACAAGAGGAGCAAGAGGAGCAAGAGGAGGAAGAGGAGCAAGAGGAGGAAGAGGAGGAAGAGGAGCAAGAGGAGGAAGAGGAGCAAGAGGAACAAGAGGAGGAAGAGACUGUUUAUACAUAUGAGUCUAGCGAUGAGACCUUUGAUACGGAUGACUCUGGUACAGAUGAGUCGAGUGGGGAUGAUCGUACAUAUGUCAGUGGUCGGUUCAACUGA